AUGGAACUCGCAGCCGAACAAUACAGCUACGGGUACGAAGCUCGCAUUAAUCAUCAUCAUCUUAAAACAAAAAUUGACCAGACUACUUUGAUCUUUACAACGAACAACGGCACUAACAGACUAUUACAUCAAAUUCACAAGGCUUCGACGGUGGAUAGCAGCAACAGCAUCUUUUCAUCGCGAUUUGGCCAAACGGGGACAGGGUCGACAGGAAUGACGCCAACACUCGAAGAGCAGCAGGAGGGCCUGCCAGAGGAAAUAAAGAGCAAGACUUAUCCAUCCAGUGACUUGAUCACGGCGGAAGACGAACUCGUGAACGACUUGGAGAAGUACUUUCUUUUGGAUUCCGAUACGAUGAUCGUAGUCAACGACGAGGGAAAAGCGGUCUGGGAGAUGCCGACCGUGUUUCAUCAAGACGCACUUCAGAAACUCCUCAAGAUUGUCAAUAAGAGCAGUGAAGAGGAGGAUUUCCUUCUUGCUCAGGCAGGCAUUCCUCUUCUCAUGAACAAGGAGAAGGCCAAGUACCGGCACCCUGAAUCUCCAUCUGGGGCGCAGGUCGCCUGGAAGCAGAGGGCGAGGAUGGAGAUUUCGAUCGACGAUACAUUUCGAUUGAUGGAUUUCCCGGGGAUAAUUCGAUGA